AUGUGUGUGCUCUUCCUGUAUCUCCUCGUAGUGUUAUUCAUUCAUGUCACCCGAACUGCGACCUUCUCACGAUCCCUCAUCUCCGUUUCCCCCCAAGUGCUCGAGAAUGCCAAGACACCCCUCAUGUUUAGCCACCACGUCUUCGACGUCCUCCUCCCGCCAGCCGGGCUCACCCCUGCAGAGAAGCUGGCCGUCAUCCGCCAUGCGCUGGCAGACAAGAUGCGCGGCCCUGGAGCCCCGCAUGCCACUAAGGGAGGCGCUGACGGCUUCGUCGAGCUCGGAGAGGGGCAUGGCGGCCAACGAACGACCUCCUCGCUCUGGCGGCCCGUCACAGCCACUGCAGAUGGCUUCGUUACGGUGCCCUUUGCUGUCAACCACACCGGUGCGUCUGGUCGGGGAGAGAGCAGCAUGUUGGGCCUGAAGGAGGUCAACCGGCGGCUGGGGCUGGUCCUCUAUGAUGCCGACAGUCGCUCUGCAGCCACUUUCAGACAAGACAAAGAGGCCGCACAGAGGCGACGGCAGGAGACGAGCAGCCGUGAUCACGUGAUUGGCCCCGGUGAGGUGCCGUCUGUCGGUGGGGGGUGCUGAGGGAGGCGCCAACAGUGGGUGGGCAUGGACGCGGUUCAGAGUGCUGGACAAGGGCACCUUCAAUGUCCACUGUGCCGGCACCCCCACAUUCUUCAUUGUAAGCCUCAUACCCACACGGGACAUGGACACACACAGAGAGAGAGCAAAGACAACUGCAUGACAUGGCCCGCUGGAUGUAUCAAUCUGUCUGUCGAUCAGGACGGAACCUCCUAUCGUGGUGAGUCUUCCUUCCCCCACGCUGCGGGGCCUGCCUCCAUCUCCCAGUUGGAUACGCCCUCGUCGUCUUUUGCUUCCCUGUCUGCCUUCCGGAGCCUCAUAUGGCCCAUCGUGUUGGACCCCGGCAUGCACACACUACUCGUCAGGCUGGCCCCACCACCCACCAUGGCAUCGGAUGGCGGCCCACCGGCUCGCUUCCACUGCAGCUUCCUCCCGCCCGCCGCCCCGCUGCCCUUCUCCUCUAUCCAGGUGGACUCGGGGGCAGCAGAAAUGGCCAGCGGCGAGCGGAUGGCGGCGGGGGGUGAGGAGGGGCUUCGUGUGCCGACGCCGGGUGACAGUGAUCCCAACUGGAAGGCAGACCACUCAUGGAGACCGGUAAGCCAGCCAGCCAGCCAGCCAGCCAAGGAGACGUGAGACAUUCAUUGGACGGGGGUACCAAAUAAGGUGGUCUCUCGGUGUUGCUUGCGCGGCUCGUCUGUACGGUACGGUACGGUACGUGUGUUUUGUAGGGUGAAGUGCACCACAUGCCUGACAUAGUGGAUGGCGUUCUGCCAACUCCCCUGGCGUCGAUACCCAUAGUCAAUCCGAGUAUGUAUGUAUGUAUGUACAUUCAUACAGUCUUGCACACCACACCACACCCAACACUUUUUCCUUGCUGACAGCUUUCUUCGUGUGCCGUCUGCCUUGCGCAUAAUGCAGCAUCGUCUCCCGUCACAGACUUCAAAGUUGAGUUCCACACCCCCCGGGCCGUCUUGAGGCGGCACCACAGCGUGCCCGACACGGAGCACCCCGGCAAGACCAAGGACGAGUCGUCACUGGAGGCUAAGCCCAUCCAUGAUCAGACGCCCAUUCUACAGGACCCCUCCCGCCCUCUGCUGUCGGCCACAUGGCUGCCGGCCCUCAAAAGCGACAAAGACCGCUGGACCGCUCCCGUGCUGCCGGGCCAGUCCUUCCCUCUCUACAUGCAGCUGACAUGGAACGGGGUCAAGCCCCGACGGCUGGAGGCCGCUGACAUGGCGGCGGGGGACGGGUCUGCCACGGACAAGGGCAUAUGCUCGGGGGCCCUGUAUGGGGAGAAGGAUGACCCAGAAGUGAUUGAGAUAGACGCCAGGAUCACCGGCAACUUCCGGGACAGUGUGAGCCGGCCCGCAGCUGAGCACACGGUUGUCUUGCGGUGCAGGAGUUUCGCUCGUCGGGAUCCCUACAUAUUCACUUAUCGCGACGUCGACGGGGCUGUCGAGUACGCCGCUGUCAGACCCCCGAAGAGGAGAUGCAGGAAGGGGUUGCAACACCAGGCAGCUUUAUCUGACACCCUGCUGUCUCCUACUGGCCCUCUCCUCAAGGGCCAGUUUGGCUUCGACUGGGAGGGCGCAGGACUCGCCAACGCCGUCACGGCCAUACACGCCUUCCAGCAUCUAAUGCCAGGCAGGCAAAUAUACAUGUAUGUAUGUAUGUAUGCAUGUACAUGAACCCAACAGCACGGCCUGGUGUGGUGGGGUGUGGGGUGGUGUGGUGUCGCGAAGAAUCAAGGACGGACGUGUAUGGUAUGGUAUGGUUCCUUCAGGUGUGCCUGACCCCUUGCGUGAAGAGUAUGUGCCCGACACGUCGCGGUUGGUCAUCACGGGCCACUCGAUGGGGGGACACGGCUGCCUCGUAUUCUCGUAAGCGACAAUCAAUGGAGCCACUCCGAGCCAGGCGUAUUAGCUGUCCGAUGUAUCUUCUAUCUAUCUAUUGUUCGUGCCCUGGAUGCGAUGCAGGACCCACUUUGCUGACCACGUGGUGGGGUCAAUGUGUGGAGCUGCAUGGAUCAAGGUGCACUACAACACCCACUCACAGACAGACAGAGAGGCGUGCAGACAGACAGACAGACAGACACAGAAAGACAGGACCCCUUGCCUGUGAUUCAUCAAAUCAUCGGUGUGGCAGAUGAGCACUUACAGUGGGGGAUAUUCCCCUGCUGGCCAGCAGGAUGGCCAGGCGGACAAGAGGACCCGCCUGAUGUCUUCGGGCGACAGCGAGUACGCCACGGACUUCGCCGCCGUCCACCUUGUGGGCAUGCCUUUCAUGGGCAGAUGCGGAGAGAAAGACGACAAUGGUGUGUGAGGAGCGGACAGCCGAGGAAGGAGACACACAGGACAGGCACACAGGGACGCAUAUGUAUGUGUGUGUACGUGUGUGUGUACGUGUGUGUGUAUGCGUGUGUGUGUAUGUGUGUGCGUCAGUUCCCCCGGAGCAUUUGCGUCGGUUCACUCAUGUGCUGAGCAACAGCAACUUCGCCGAGCUGGAGCCGACGGCGGUGCUCUCGAUGAUGCUGGACAACUCGACGAUGAUGCAGUCGUUCCUCGAAAUCAGCCGGCAGCCCUCCCUGCUGCAGUACUACACCGACCUCAAGGGCAACCUCGACAGACAAAUACCACUCAUCUACAGCCUGGUCACCCACCCAAUGAGCACAAUCGAUCGAUGCAUCCCCCCUUGUCUCUAUCCGUCUGUCUGUGUGUCUACAGAAAGCAGGGGAGAGCCACUGGUUCGGUGACUGGUUCGAUGACCGCAAGACGGACAAGGUGGUGACGCCAUUCAUAGCAAGGGCCAGGGAAUCCCCGGCCGGAGGGGCCUGCCAGGCAGGUGGCGUGUGUGGAGUGGUGGCCACCCAUGGGGCACUGGCAGGGGCGGCAUCAUACUCAUGCAGCCACAUACAUGGGGCCAUGACGCCCUGGUCGAUGCCGUCUUCCACAAGGGGCAGGGCGGCACCAUGAGCUACGCAGUCGGCCAGAAGUUCGCCGACUGGCAGCAGCGAGACAGCAGCGACACCGGGGCAUCGUCGGAUCACCGCAUGUCGGACGACGGCAGGCCGCCCCCGCCAUUCUUCCCGAAAGUGGAUGUCUGCAUCUGUGGCGACUGCACACGACACAGUAACAAUGACAAUGGUGAUGGCUGGGCGAACGUGACAGUGGCGGGCGAGAGCGAUGGCGACCAGGACGCCCAAGAGAAUGCGGAGUGGCACAUCUGCCUCCGGACACACAAUGUGCGACGGCUGGGGCUCAAACAAUACUUCCCAGCACUGGUCCGUCCGUCUAUAGAGGAGGGAGACACAGCCGGCCACACACACACACACACCGCUUUGCUUUGGUUUGGUCUCUUCCCUGCAGGUACUCAACGGCAUUCUGACGCAGAUGGGCGCACAUCCGCUGACAAGACGAAUGGGACACUUGUGCUCUACAAGGAUGAGCGGGGAGGCAAGCCGACCUUGCCAGCACAGACACAGCAGCGACAAGGCAAGUCUGGCGGGGAUCUUCUGUCAUCAUUCCGGGUGCACCUGCUCAUUGACGGCCAGAGCGUUGCUCACGGUGUGCCCACUGACCAGUUGGGCCGCUUCACCCUUCCCUCACACCACCUCUGCUGCACACGGAAGCCGCAGGGCGGGUCGCAGUGCUUGUGGCGGCUGUGCGGGGGAAUGGAGUAA